AUGAAAGUUUACGAGUGCGAGAAAGAUAAGCUUAAAUUUCGCCUUAAAGAUGUUCGCAGGGUUUCAUUAACUGCUGAUUGUUGGACUUCAAAUCAGACUAUCGGAUAUAUGUGCUUGACUGCCCAUUACAUUGAUGAAUCAUGGAAGAUAAGGAAGGUUAUUAUCAACUUUAUUGAAUUAGAGCCUCUACAUACCGGCACUUACAUUUGUGAUGCAAUUUGUGAAUGCUUGUUGGAGUGGAAUCUUCAGGAUAAAAUAUCUACAAUUACUCUAGACAAUGCGAGUAAUAAUGAUGUGGCUGCUAGUUCUUUAAAGGCAAAUUUUCAAUCACGUGGAAAACUAAACUUUCGUGGAUAUUUUUUUCAUGUUAGAUGUUGCGCACAUAUCAUCAACAUAAUGGUCCAAGAUGGGCUAAAAGAGAUUCAAGAAAUUAUCCACAAUAUCAGAGAAUCUGUUAAGUAUUUGAAAAAAUCCCCGACAAGAUUGCAUAAAUUUGUGGAAGUGGCAAAGCAACUAGGAGUUCCAACUACAAGGUCACUGUCCAUUGAUGUUUCCACUAGAUGGAACUCAACUUUCAAUAUGUUGGAGUCCGCAUUUAUUUAUCGCAAUGUUUUUAAUCACUACGCAAUUCGAGAUGGUAACUACAAAUGGUUGCCUGAUGAUUCAGAAUGGGUUAAAUAUGAGAAAAUAAGAAAAUUUCUUUCAGUUUUCAAUAAUGUUACGAAGAUGCUCUCUGGCACUUUAUAUCCUACUUCAAAUAUAUUUUUACCUGCAGUUCUGCAUGUUAAGAAAAUUUUGAUGGAGGAGUCAUUCUCAGAAGAUGAAUACAUGAAGAAUAUGGCUACAAGCAUGCAAAUCAAAUUCAAUAAAUAUUGGGGGGAAUGUAAUCUUCUUAUGUCUAUUGCAGCAAUUUUGGAUCCUAGACUAAAACUAAAAUUUAUUAGUUACACAUUCCCGAAGAUAUACGCACAUGACGAGGUUGAGCAAAAUCUAAAAACAGCUCAAGAUGCCUUGUGGGAAAUAUAUGCAGAUUAUGUUGUUGAGUGCAAUGUUUCUAAUGAGGGAUUUUCAUCUACAAUUGAUCAUGCCAGUUCCUCAAGUCAUUUUGACGCAAUGUUUGGGUUUCAAGAUUUUGUUAUAUACGCACAUGACGAGGUUGAGCAAAAUCUAAAAACAGCUCAAGAUGCCUUGUGGGAAAUAUAUGCAGAUUAUGUUGUUGAGUGCAAUGUUUCUAAUGAGGGAUUUUCAUCUACAAUUGAUCAUGCCAGUUCCUCAAGUCAUUUUGACGCAAUGUUUGGGUUUCAAGAUUUUGUUGUAGCUUCCGGUUCUGUAGAACCAUCGAAACCCGAUUUACAAGUAUACCUUGAAGAGGGAUUAUUCGUGGGUUCUAAUGAAAAUUUUGAUGUGCUCGAUUGGUGGAAGAUGAAUACAUUGAAGUACCCCCAACUUUCAAUUAUGGCUCGUGAUAUUCUAUCAAUACCUAUAACAACGGUUGCCUCAGAAUCAGCUUUUAGUGCAGGCGGUAGGGUCUUGGAUGAUUACAGAAGUAGUUUAUCUACUAAAACUGUUAAUGCAUUGAUUUGUGCUUCCAGUUGGAUUCGCUCUACUCAACAAAAUGCAAAGACAAUAACUGUGGUGCCAGCAAGUAGGAAAUUCAAAAUGAAUGGAAUUGAUCCAACAAUGGAAGAGAAGCUUGAUGGUAUGUUUAGUGGGCUUGUUGCAACGGGAGCACAUGCUUUCACCCCAUCUGAACCUUACUUCAUUGACACAACUGCUGUUCUUGGAACUGAUAAU